AUUAUAAAAUUCAGCCACCACACCAACACCUAUUUUAUUUUUUCUUUCGUCAGUACGUUGUCAUCUUGUCUUGUGGUUGUGGUGGGGUCAAUAGGUGUGUUCAGUCCACACUCCAUACCCUCUCUCUCUCUCUCUCCAUCCAUCAAAAAUACCAAAAAAACCCUAACGCAACAUCACUCUAAACAACGAACAUGUCUUCUUCAGAUAUGAUGCUUCACAAAAUCUCCUCUUCUCACCACCACCCCGCCACCUCCGCCCCCCGCAAUUCAAUCCACAAGAGAAAGACUCCUCUUGCCCCCAAAGAUCGCCACACGAAGGUCAACGGCCGCGGCCGCCGCGUCCGGAUGCCUGCUCUUUGCGCCGCCCGUGUUUUCCAGCUUACGCGGGAACUUGGUCACCGUUCCGACGGCGAGACCAUAGAGUGGCUCCUGCGCCAAGCCGAGCCUUCCAUAAUCGCCGCCACCGGAACCGGCACACUUCCCGCUGAGGCCAUCUCCACCUCCUCCGGCUCCCUCCCCCCGCCCCGUCCCGCGGCCACCGUUCAAGCGGCAGCAAGCAGGUCGACCCAGUCGCUAACCAUGGUGGCCCAACCGGUGUCAUCCGUGAUAGCCGGUAACAUGUUCACGGUUCCUCCACCACCGCCGAGCUGCAGGCUGGACCUGUGCCAGCCAUCGACGCCAAUGGAGUUGGAGUUCCUUCGAAAUGGGUACCGCCACAUGCCGUUUACAGCGUUGCUGCUGCAGCCGGCAACGGUGGAAGAAGAGGCCGAGGAGAGGCAUUCCGGGGAUCACCAAUAGAUAGAUUCUAAGCUAUCUACUACAACUGUAGAAGUAAUUAGCAAUUAGUUUAUCUAUAAGAAAGGAUAUCAUAUUUUUGUGUUUUAUUAUAUGGCUAAAAAAGAAAAAAAGUGGGGCCUCUUGGGAAUUUAGGUGGAGAUAUCUUCUCAUGUCUUUUCGAUAAUUGGGAAUUUUGUACUUUGAUGGGUAAAUGAUGAAAAUGCGAAUGAAAAAGACGUAUACCAUUGGCAAUCUAAUCAGUGAAAAGGCAAAAA